AUGCGUUGCAUGCGGUUAGUGGAGUCAUCGCUGCUCCUCUUUGUGCUGCGGCGGCAGCUUGUGCUGAAGGGCGCUUGCGAAGAGGCAGCAAGGGAAAGUAACAGUGAAGGAGUCUCGGGGAAUUCCAACAAUGGGGAGGCACGAGGGUCGGAAGCAGAUGCUGGGGAAGGUCUGUGGGAGGGGCCAAGCGAUGUGCUGGAAGAAUCGGACGUGUUUGCUUUGCCGGAUCAUUUGGAGUCGGUGAAUGCAGAUGCCGUAGCUGGGGAGGGAGAGCCGGAGGUUUUAUUGUUCGAGGAGAUUGCUGGGUCGGCUGCUACGGAUCCCCACUCCGACGCGGCUGCUGAUGCAGCAGGAGAGAAGGAGGAUCAUGGACACCAUCUACGUCACGAGCAACGUGAGCACGAGUUAAGAAUGGUGGAAGCGGAGGAGUCUCUCAAGGCUCAGUUGGAGCGAGGCUCCCGUCAAAUGCACGGCUUGCGCUACGACAUCAAUUGGCUUAAAAGUGCCGUCAAGGAUUUGGAUAUGGCCUCCGAAAGCAUCAGCCAUCCGCAUCCUUCGCAGUCCUUGCUAGAUCGGCUGACGAAGCAAACCGAGUCUUUAGAGAGUCGAAUAGAGGAGUACAUAGCUGGGAACGCCACCGAGUUCAGGAGCCAGCUGGCGGGUACUGCGGCGCUUCGCCUCCUUCCUCUCCGUCAGGACUAUGUGAGCGCGGCUUACCAAGCGGCUUCCUUGGCUGCGGAUUUCCGCAAGGUCACCGAGGAUCUCCGCAAAAUGGGCAUGCAAGUGAACGUCAUUGCCGGCGAGCACCUGGACAAGUUGCGUUUGUGGUCAGCAGAUCAAGGCACGAAAUUCCAGGAGGCGCUGCGUGAGGCACAACCCCGGCUGGUGGAGCGAUUCGAGCAACAGAAGCGCCAGGAGCAGACGCGUGUCAACUUUGCAGUCCUCGAGGAAAUCAGGAUUAGAGCUGCAGCCGACGAUGCCCUAGAAGAAAUAAAGACUCGCGGGUCGGCGUUCGCCGAUCUGAGUGGUUGCUGCGAGGGGUAUACCGCAACAGAAGUCGCAGAGCUGCUGCUGCACGAGCUGCACAAGCUGAACAAGACACGCAAGCGCAUGCGAGUCGCUCGCCAGAUAACUGACGAGUUGCUGGGGUCGAAGGUGCCCAUGCUUGCGCGGAUUCUGCCGCACAGUGCUGGCGAGUCCGUACUGGCGAGGGCUGCGACCAUUCGGGCGGAGUGGGCCUUGAAAGACUCCAGAGAGCGCUUUUCGAACCUUCCCGCUCAGCUGUGGGGAGCUCCCAGACGUUCUAUUCUACCGCCUUUGCAGUUGCUGCAGGACCUUGUCGCCUCUUCGGGGCACGCACUCACCCGAACGACCCCGAUAAAUGGAACGAGCUCGCCUUUUUUUCUGCUGUCUGUGGAUGGGCCCUUGAUUGACGCCGUGCAAAUAAGCGCUGCGGGUGCAUCUCCGGUGGCCGUGCAGUACCCGCAGCUGAACAUCCCCAUAGGCCCCCUUGUGCUGCAUGCGUCGUAUGCGUUGGCUCUCUCCAAGUCCUUCAGCUUUAUUCUCAGAACGUCUGGGGCCCCACUGGACGUUCCUGCGGCCUACACGUUCCCUCCCCCCUUUCCCUCCGCCUGUGCUCAGAAGGGCGCAGACGCGACAGCAGCAGACGGUCCACCGAGCAGCGUCUCUUUUCUCGGUACAGACGGCCCCCGCAAGACAGAACGUCCGCACGCCGAGGCGAAUUUGGGGCCUCCAGAGGCGCGGAAUGACGAUCGUCCUUUCCUUGAGCUGCUUGAAAGUGCCCCUGACCCAGAUAGCGUUCAGAAGAAGGCCACCCCGGCGGAAGCCAGAGGGGAAGCAGCAGCAGCGGUAGCAGCAGCGGGCGCGACGGCGGCAUCUGCCGACGUCGACGCUCCUGGUUCUGCGAGUGGCAUAAAGUUGCUGCAAGAGCAGUUCGAAGACUUCCGCAAGGCAGUGGAGCAGCAGAAGCCGGUCGCCGAAGAGCCUCAUUUGUACUCGAUUGAGGACGAAGAGGACGAACACUUUCAAGCAGGGAGUCCAGCGGUUCUCGGAACAACACCAGGAGGGGCCGGCAGAGCUCCGAUGGAGGGACAUGAGCAAAACAAUGCCGGAUCAGAAGAGAAUGAGGCAGUUUUGGUUGCCUACCUGGGCAGCAGGCCGUCUGGGAACCCCCUUGCUGACGGGGAUGGAAGCCCUGGUGCAGUAUUACGGCGGCACAAAUUGUUAAACCAGUCGCGUGCGCACCUCCUAGAAAGGCUGAGCAAGCGACCGAUGGCUAUGGACAGCCAGCAGGGGGAGUUCGGGUUGAGAACACUGCUGCUGUCGCUUAAGCAGGAGGAUCGGCUUCAGGCUCUGGAGGUCUGGGCGCAAAGCUACACAGAGAGGCACUUGGAGGCGAUGGGUGUACAGCUCAGAGUUGCCUUUGGGGAAUCCCCUCUGUUGCUACUCCCUCUCUCCCCCUUCUUCACGCGUUCUAUGAUAUUAAUUCGCAUUCACACGUCUCCUUGCAAAGGGGGCCACAUGGCGGUCCCUUCAACGGAGGCCCUAUUUCUUUCUUUCUUGGCGGCUGCGUAUCCGGGGAGCGAGCGCGCAGCAGUUUCUAGCUGCAGGAAGCUGCUUAAGGGGUUACACGGACUUAACAAUAGUAGCAGUGCGGCAGCGACAGCGGAACCAACACAAGAAACGGGAAAGUCUUCACAAACGCAGCAGCAAUUGAUGGCCGAACAGCCGCCGGGGACCACAGCAGACUCGCUGGAGGAGGCUCACGAGGCGCAGCUGAAGCAUCAGCAAAGUGAGCGUUCGCUGACGGGCACGCCUCAACAGCAGAAGCCGCGAAAGGAGCAGAAAGGACAACUGCCGUCACAUCAGCCGCAGCAGCCCGAUCCGCUAAUUCCGAUGGUCAAGGCGUGGGCAUACCAUGGGGGCAUGUCUUCCUCUAGCUCCUCCGUGGUGCAUUUGAUGGUUCGGAAGCGUUCGUCCGAGGUGUACAUACAGACGGGAGCUGGCGGUCCGCCCUUGCUCUAUUCGCUAUUUCAAGAGGCAGGGCGAGCGAAUCGGGAGGGUGUCCUACCCAUCGACAGUUUUUGCUUGACAGAUCGCGGGAUUUUUGCGGGCUCAAUAGAGCAUGCGGAGCGGUGCAGCAGCGCUAAGGAUCUGGUAGGAUCCGUUGCCACUCGUCUGCAGGCGCAAGUAAUCCCAGCCCUUUUCCAAAGGCCCCUGAGGGGCCGUACGAUACUCGUCACAGUGGAUCAGCGGGAAGCCAAUGACCACUUAGGCGAAGGCUUCUUAGCUGUCGAGCUUGUGGCCAAGUCAGAGGCUCGAAGGCAGCAGGAAACGCACGAAGGCUAA